GCGUCGCCUCAGGUGAGCGGGCAGGAGGACGGUGCGUGUGCUGUGUUCACUGACAGCUGACGAUGAACCGAGCAGGGACGUGAACGGAGACAAGAUCAUCUCACCAUUCCAGAAACAUGGAAAACCAGAGUUUACAUUCAGGCAUCCUGCUCCUGGAGGGGUUAAAGGUCACGCCCCAGUCGGCCGUCCCCGCCUUCGUCCUCCUCCUCCUCAUCUACGUCUUCAUCAUGGUGUCAAACCUCGGUCUGAUGCUGCUGAUCCUGCGGAGCCGGCGCCUGCAGCAGCCCAUGUACCUGCUCUUCUGCAACAUGAGCGUGAACGACGUGUUCGGUGCGACCAUCAUCAUCCCGCACGUCCUCAGGGACAUGUUCGUCUCCACGUCGGAGCGCUACAUCCGCUACGUGGACUGUGUGGUGCAGGCCUUCUGCGUUCACCUGUACGGGAGCACGUCGCACACCGUGCUCAUGAUCAUGGCGUUCGACCGCUACGUGGCCAUCUGCGACCCGCUGCGUUACGCUGCCAUCAUGACCAACAGGGCGGUGGCGACGCUGUCGGCCGCUGCCUGGAUGUCGGCAUUGGUGCCGGUGGCGGUUCUCCUCGGCCUCACCAUCCGCCUGAGGCGCUGCCGCCACGUCAUCGCCAACCUGUUCUGCGACAACGCCUCGCUCUUCACACUCUCGUGCGAGAGCGUCGUGGUCAACCAGGUGUACGGUCUGGGCUACACCGUGCUGCUGCUGGGCUCCUCCAUCUGCAGCGUCACGCUCACGUACCUGAGGAUCGCCGCCGUCUGCGCACGCAGCAGGAGCAAGGCACUCAACAGCAAAGCACUGCAGACGUGCGCCAGCCACCUCACCGUCUAUGUGCUGCUCCUAGUGUCGGCGUUCGUCAUCGUCAUCCUGCACCGCUUCCCUCAGCUCUCUGACCACAGGAAGGUGGUGGCCAUCCUGGGCGAGGUGGCGCUGCCUGCUCUGAAUGCCGUGAUCUACGGGCUGCAGAUGAAGGAGGUCAAACAGACACUGGCAGUGCUGUUUCACGGCAAAAAGGCAGCAGUAAUGGUCAAAUGAAGCAGGAGGUUUCUGGAGGGUCCUCUCACCACUGCUGUUUAUGUGAUAUUCCAAUAUUGGCGUUUUUCCACGACAUAGGUCCGGCACGGUACGACACAGCUCGACUCCAAGCGGCUUGGUUUCGGUUUCCAUGACUUCAUAGCUCCUCCUUAAUAUGGGCGGAGUCACCACAACACGGCUGCAAGAAAGGUGGUUUUAUAUGUGACACAAACACACAAAUGAGUUGUUUUGGGUGUAACUGAAUCA